AUAGGACCACAGCGUAACCAAAUAGUGAGCAUACUGGAUGGUGUGGACUGGGUGGAGCUGGCUAACCAACUGAAUCUAAAAGAUGAGAUACAUGCCAUCGCUGGUGCUUGCCAACAAGAAAACCCAGUAGCAUGCAGGUUGAGACAAAUUGUAGAUAGAUUCAUAAACUCCCAUGACCUUGAACCGUGUUAUAUGACUGUGGAGAAGAUUGCAGGUGCUCUUGAGACACUUCAAUUUCCACAUACCAAGAAAGCCGACCAACUGAGAAGAAGAGUGUGCCCCUCAACAGGACAGCAUCACUACCAGAGGCAAUCGUAGCACUCAGAUUUGUAGCUAGUGCUCAGUAUCACACUUUUCAUUAUUGGAGC